AUGGAAGACGACACAGCUGCUCUUGUAAUUGAUAAUGGCUCAGGAAUGUGCAAGGCUGGCUUCGCUGGCGACGAUGCUCCCCGUGCUGUUUUCCCCUCGAUUGUCGGGCGUCCUCGCCACCAUGGGAUCAUGAUCGGCAUGGGCCAGAAGGACUCCUAUGUUGGCGACGAGGCCGAGUCCAAACGCGGCGUUCUUUCACUCAAAUAUCCAAUCGAGCACGGCGUUGUGACCAACUGGGACGACAUGGAGAAGAUCUGGCAUCAUACAUACUACAAUGAGCUCCGAGUAGCUCCAGAGGAACAUCCUGUUCUCUUGACAGAGGCACCAAUUAAUCCCAAAUCAAACAGGGAGAAGAUGACCCAGAUUGUCUUUGAAACAUUCAACGCCCCUGCAUUCUAUGUUUCUAUCCAGGCGGUAUUAUCAUUGUAUGCCUCUGGCCGGACAACUGGUAUUGUCCUUGACUCUGGGGAUGGUGUUACGCACGUUGUGCCGAUGUAUGAGGGAUUUGCCAUGUCCCAUGCCAUCUCCCGAAUCGAUAUGGCUGGCCGUGAUUUGACUGACCAUCUGAUGAAAGUCAUGGCCGAACGUGGCUAUACCUUCACGACCAGUGCAGAGCGUGAGAUUGUCCGUGAUAUUAAAGAAAAGCUCUGCUAUGUUGCGCUGGACUUUGACCAGGAACUCCAGACUGCUGCUCACAGUUCCAGUAUAGAGAAAAAUUAUGAACUCCCCGAUGGACAGGUUAUUACGAUUGGGAAUGAACGCUUUCGAGUGCCUGAAGCACUCUUUCAACCCGGAAUGCUUGGCUUGGAGAACGGGGGCAUCCAUAUCACUACCUUCAAUUCGAUCAUGAAAUGCGAUGUCGAUGUUCGCAAGGAGUUGUAUGGGAAUAUUGUCAUGUCUGGUGGUACCACUCUAUACCCCGGCAUUCCAGAUCGAGUGCACAAGGAAAUCACCGCCCUCGCCCCUGCAUCCAUGAAGGUCAAGGUGGUAGCUCCGCCUGAACGUAAGUAUUCGGUCUGGAUUGGAGGGUCCAUUCUUGCCUCGCUCUCGACGUUUCAACAAAUGUGGAUAUCCAAACAGGAAUAUGAUGAAAGCGGACCCUCCAUCGUGCAUCGGAAGUGCUUCUAG